AUGGAGGCUGCUCUACGCGAGCUUCGCCACGAGUGCGACACAGAGGUGACUUUUAAGAUCGGAGAGCCUCUAACAGACUGUAGAGCGGUUCACGGAUCGCGACGUGCUAUGACUUUUUCGGUUGAAGAAGGGUACGCAGUACUUAAGGAGAAGCUGCGACUCUUGGUGAAGGACGACUCGGCUGUGACUUGGCCAGCGGAUGCUGGCGUCUACAUUAAAGCCACUGUGAACGCCCGACAAAGUGACUACAAGCGUCUACCCGAGGACGCAGAAGCGUUCUCACAGCUAUUGCGGAAGGUGUGGGGUAGAAGAAAGAGUCCAAGCCAGCGGCUAGCUCUGUUCAUGUACGUCAACCGGGUCAAAAAAUCAAACCCAAUCCAUCGGGCAACAGCUGUCCGUAUGGCCCAGGCCUCUCGCAAUAUAGCGGAGACCUUGAGAAGUGAAAACCGAGAGGCCCCAGGGCCAGCAUCGCUCGAGUACUGGGCAACUGUACAAGCGCGGCAACAUGACGAUGCUCCAGUUGUUCAACCGAACAACGAGACCUUCCGUCAGCUAAACUACAUUGACGCUCGCGCUCGACAACACCAGCACGAAGUUGCGGCGGCGACAAGCGCAGCAAAUGCGGAGACUCGUCGUAUCCAUAUCAUGAUUAACGGCGUGCUAGUACCUAUCGACCUAAACAUCCAAGAGGUUCGAGCGGACGACUUCACUGAAGACAUAGAAGAAGACGGAGUAGACGAUGAUGGAAGGCAAGCUGUAGUAUAA